CCAUAUCCCAGCGUGCACUGCAAGCCCACGACACUGAAUCGAAUCUUCUGCGCGUGGAACUGAAAUCUAAACGACUCGUUAUUGGCUAUUUAGCUAGUUCCUUCUUCCACGUAGUGCAGCUAAAGAGAGACUAGUGUGCUAUUUAAUGACCGUAGAUGCGUUAAGACGAGUUAUUUAGGGUGCGUGGAGGCACAGGAACAGUUAUGGUAACUUAGUGUUUCAAAUGAAACCUGCUUUUUUGUCGUUGGAGAGGAAAAUGCUAUAAGUGAAGUCUCUUAACCUGCUGGUUGGGUGUGAGCAGAAUCUCAGGAUGGCCUGCCCGAUGUCUUUCAUCUGUCGAGCUGUGCGCACUGUAGGCCUGGUCCUUUUCUUCUAUGUUUUCUCCAUCGGGAUCACAUUCUACAACAAGUGGCUCAUGAAGGACUUCCAAUAUCCUUUGUUUAUGACCCUUUUCCACCUCAUCGUUAUAUUUUGCUUGUCUGCGAUGACACGGUGUGCCAUGCAGUGCUGUACACGAAAGCCUAGAGUCACUCUAAGCUGGAAGGAUUACAUUUACAAGGUGGCACCUACAGCGCUGGCAACAGCUUUGGACAUUGGACUAUCCAACUGGAGCUUCCUUUUCAUCACUAUCAGUCUAUACACAAUGACCAAGUCUUCUGCUGUGCUCUUCAUUCUCUUUUUCUCCCUGCUCUUCAAAUUGGAAGAACCGAACCCAUUCCUGAUCCUGGUUGUGCUGCUGAUAGCUAGUGGAUUAUUUAUGUUUACACUUAAAUCCACUCAGUUUAACCUGGAGGGCUUCAUCAUGGUCCUGCUGGCCUCCUUUAUAGGUGGGAUACGGUGGACCCUCACACAGCUCCUCAUGCAGAAAGCAGAGCUCGGGCUCCAGAACCCUAUAGACACCAUGUACCACCUGCAGCCACUAAUGUUCAUGGGGCUGUUUCCUCUUUUCCUGUUCAAUGAAGGUCUGAAUCUGGCUACAACAGAGAAGCUGUUCCGGGUGAAUGAGCUCCAGCCUCUACUCUACUCUCUCUUCGCUCUGUUUGUAGGGGGCUCCCUGGCCUUUGGGCUCGGAUUCUCCGAGUUCCUUCUUGUUUCCCGUACCUCCAGCCUCACACUCUCCAUCGCAGGCAUCUUUAAGGAGGUGUGCACUUUGCUGCUUGCAGUAGAAUUUUUGGAAGACAAAAUGAGCACAGUGAACUGGUUGGGGUUUGUUGUUUGUCUGUCGGGUAUCUCGCUACACGUGGGUCUCAAGACAUACUACAGCAAAGGUAAUGGUUCUGCAGUAAGAUCACUACCAGGCAGAGAAAACCCAGACAUGGAGCUCCCUCUUUUGAUUUCCAGAGGUGAUUGCUCUGAGACAGAGGAUGAGGGAUGUCCCAUUGGUUUUCUCUUACGUCUUCCUCUCUAUCCAUGUCCAAUGUCAGUCCUUGGUGGAAUAAUUCUUCUAAUGCUGGCUUCUGAGGUUUCUACUCAAGGUCGAUUAAAGCUGACGGUUUUGUCAGAGGACCGGCUCCAGAUGAAAUGGAAAGAGGCUGAGGGGCCCGUGCAAGGCUACAAAGUCAGAGUUAGACCAAUCUCAGAAGUUCCUCAGCCAGAAUUGAUGCUGACCACAACCCGUGGACGGGCCACUGUGGCAGGCCUCGACUCCACACAGGAGUACCUUCUACAAGUGCUGGUGCUUAAUGGAACUGUGGAGAAACUCAUCGCUAAAAGACGCUUCACAAUUGAUGUGCUGCGGGAGGAGGAGGAGGCUCGUAAUGGAAACCCAAAGCAUAAAAGGAAGGUUCAGGCUGUGGGUUCAGGCUCAGGUGAAAUGGAUGACACCACUGAGGUUCUUGAGUCACUGCCCACUGUUCUCUACCAGGAGCCAACAACUAUAGAACCUCCUACUAUUACUGAUCCAGAGGAACAAGAGGUUGAAAAGAGCAAAGACAAGAAAAAGAAGAAGAAAGACAAAAACCGUACAAAGACAAAGGACGAGAAGUUUGAAAGCAGAGUUAAACCUGCGGAGGAGGAGCACAAAGUGAGAAAAACCAGCCAAGUUACAGCUGGAUCCUCUCACAAGCCGUUUGAGUGCAGGGCCGGGGUUCAGGCUGAUCUCGUCCUGCUGGUAGACGGCUCCUGGAGUAUUGGACGCACCAACUUUAAGAAGGUGCGGGAGUUCCUGGAGGGCCUUGUCACCCCUUUUCACGUCGGCCCAUACGGAGUGCAAAUCGCUUUAUCCCAGUACAGUGGAGAUCCUCGCACUGAGUGGCAGCUGAAUAACUUCACAUCCAAAGAGCAGCUUCUUGACGCUGUCCGAAACUUCAGAUACAAAGGAGGGAACACCUUCACAGGUCAGGCUCUCAUACAUGCCCUAGAGGAGAAUUUGAAGGAAGAGGUCGGGGCCAGGUCAGAUACCCCACAGUUUCUGCUGCUGUUGACUGAUGGUAAAUCUCAGGAUGAUGCCGUUGCUGCAGCCAGUAGACUGAAGAAUGCAGGAGUGGAGAUUAUCGCUGUGGGUGUAAAGAAUGCAGAUGAGGCCGAGCUGAAACAGGUAGCGUCUGAGCCUCUGGAGCUGAAUGUGUACAAUGUGAACGAUUUCCCUCUUCUCAGUAAACUGGUUGGCCGACUGGUACGCAUCCUGUGUGGGAAAAUGGAGGAACGUAGUAAAACAAGACGUGCGCAUCCCACUGAAGACCCAGGGCUGUCCUACCCGAGUCCCACAGACCUGCGAUACUCUGAUCUUGGUCCCAAAGAGGUGCGAUUGAGUUGGACGAGUCCGGGCAGAGCGGUGCAGCAGUACCGGGUGGUGUUCCACAGCAGUGAGGGACAGAGCCCACAGGAGGUGGUGGUGAAGGGGUCAAACUCCACAGUGAUGCUGACUGGACUGUCCUCACAGACACAGUAUCAUGUGUCAAUCUUUCCUGUAUAUGAGAACAAUGUGGGCUCUCCGUUGAGAGGCAUCUUCACUACAUCGAUGCUAGCCAUGCCUGAGGCUUUGGAGGUCACCGCGUCCUCUCCCAGCAGUCUUCGGGUGCGCUGGAGUCCUGCGCGUGGAGCUACUCAGUACAUGGCCCUCUACUCAGCUCUCAAUGAUGGAGAGCCUGAUGAUGCUCGAGAGGUGAAGUUUAGAGCUGAUGAGACGGAUGUAGAGCUGCGAGAUCUGGUGCCUUCUACAGACUAUUCGGUCACUGUGUACGCUUUGUACGAAGAUGAACCAAGCGAUCCUGUCACCUCUAUCGCUACCACAUUUCCACUACCAUCUCCUGUCAGUUUGCAGUUCCCUAUGGUCAGUCACAGCACUCUUAAAAUCACCUGGGUGCCUGGGGCAGUUGACGUUCCUGCCCAUCGUGUCACCUACAGCACAAAUCAUGGGAGUGAUGUCAAACAGGUGGAGGUGGCAGGUGUUAACACUGUCUUACUGCAGAAUCUAUCUUCUCUCUCCAAGUAUCUGGUGUCUGUGCAGUCCCUCUACAUAAAAGGCCUGUCUGUUCCACUCACUGGUAACAUAACUACAUUAAAGGUGCCUGCUCCGUCUGAGCUUCGGGUCACUAACUACUCUGAGAACACUCUAACAGUACGCUGGGAGCCGGCUGCUGACGAUGUGACCUCCUACCUGAUUAAAUGGAUCUCUUUGAGUGGAGGAGACCUGAGUCAGCUGAAAGUGGUUGGGAAGAGUGAAGGAGCUAUACUUGAGGGUGUUGAGGAUAAUAAAGAGUAUCAGAUCUCACUGUCUGCUCUCUACGCUGAUGGGGCACAAAGUGAAGCUGUGGCUAUAAGAUACAGCACCUUGUUUGGGGGAGGUCCCACCAGUGUGUCCAUCUCUGAAGAGACUGCAGUCAGCAUGCUGGUCAGCUGGGUUCCUCCUAAUGCACAUGUGCUGCAGUACCAAGUUUCGUACACUCCUUUAACUGGAGAAUCACGAGAGAACAAAGUGUUGUUGCCAGGCAGUGAAAGACGAGUCCUUCUUCAAUCUCUUCUCCCUGACACUCGAUACAGCGUGCAGGUUACAGCUGAAUACCGCAACAGAGAGGGAGGCAGUGCCUUAGCACAGAGCAAAACUACCAGUCUACGUGUGAGCAGUGUGAGCGUGGUUCGUUCUGAUCAUUCAAGUAUCUGCGUGUCCUGGAGGCCAGUAGCAGCAGUCACUGCAUACCGUAUAGUCUUCCAGGCCCUCAGAGAUAAGCAGAAAAAGGAGGAAACAGUAGACUCUACCAGCAGCAGUCACUGUUUCUAUGAGCUACAUCCAGAGACUGUAUAUCGAAUAAGUGUGCACUCCCGCCUGGGAACAGUAGAGAGCACUGCUGUCACUAUUCUCCAUCCCACAGCUGCAGCACCAUUAAGAGCACAAGUUCCUCCAAGACUACAUCCCAUACAAAAGGAAAUGUGUCCUGAGAUGACGAUCAGGAAUAAUGUGAUUAAAGGCUUUAACAUGAUGGAAGCAUUUGGUCUGACUCAGAGAGCCCACUCCACCGUGGAGGGUGUUUCAGUAGAGCCUUUCAUCUUCAGCACUCUUCCCAGCUACACCCUCUACAAAGAUGUACAGCUGACCCAAAGCACAGGCUUUAUCCAUCCAGCAGGCUUUUCUCCAGAGCACACUAUCAGCAUGGCUUUCCGCCUGCUGCAGGACUCACCCAAGGAGCCCUUUGCUCUUUGGCAGCUCACUGACAACGAUUUCCAACCCAAAAUGGGAGUUGUGCUGGACCCUGAAAGGAAAGUGUUACUCUACUUCAGUCUGGACUACAGAGGUGAGGUUCAGGAGCUUACUUUUGACCAGACCCAAGUCCACACUCUCUUUUAUGGUAGCUUUCACAAGAUUCACCUUUCCAUUAGUCAGGUGAGUGUAUCCCUCUCCGUUGACUGCCAGAGGGUUGGUGAGAGACCUGCUCGUCCCCUAGGAAUCAUACCCACUGAUGGUUUUGAGAUGCUGGGCAAGUUAGUGAGGACUCGAGGGCCACGCAGUGGCUCUGCUGCUUUCCAGCUGCAGUCAUUUGAGAUUAUAUGUAACAUUACCUGGGCUUUUGAGGACACAUGCUGUGACCUGCCUUCUCAGAGAGAUGAGGAGAGUUGCCCAGCCCUUCCAUAUGCAUGCACUUGCACUUCCGAUAUCCCAGGAGCCCCUGGGGACACAGGAUCACCUGGUAAACCUGGUCCUCGUGGGCAGAAGGGGGAAAAGGGAGAAAAAGGCCAAAAGGGUGAAAUGGGGCCCCCAGGGAAGGCUGGACUAGAGGGUGGAUUAGGUCCUUUAGGGUCCUUGGGCCCUCGUGGUAUAUCAGUCAUGGGAAAAAUAGGGCCUCCAGGAAUUCGUGGAGAGAAAGGUGAAAUGGGAAGGCCUGGGAGCCAGGGAUUGCCAGGACCACCUGGCCCCAAAGGUGAAGAGGGACCCCCUGGACCUAAGGGAGCCAGAGGUGUUGAGGGUAACAUGGGACCCCCAGGAGCUGCAGGGCCAAGGGGCUUUCAAGGUAUACCAGGCCACCCAGGGCCUGUCGGAGAAAGAGGGCUGCUGGGACCAGUAGGGCCAUCAGGGCUUCCUGGAAUUAAAGGUGAGAGAGGAGAGAAGGGAGAGCCACAGUCUCUUGCCAUCAUCUACGACCUUGUCACUCAGGCCUGUGAAAAACUAGUGCAUGACGAAGUGCAUAAGUUAGAUUCAUUUCUGCAUGAGAUUCGUCAUAAUCCGGUGCCUGUUGAGGAGCCUGUUGGACCUCCAGGAGAGCCUGGAAUCCCAGGUGGUAAAGGACCCCCAGGGCCAAGAGGUCCUCCAGGGCGACAAGGAAACAGAGGAGAAACAGGCAGACCAGGGUAUCCUGGUGAGCAGGGACGUGGGGGUUUACGUGGCGAUAAGGGAGAUCCAGGCUCUAAUGUCCAGGGACCACUGGGAAUAAAAGGUUUUCCAGGACCUCCAGGAGAAAGCAAGAUGGGGACACCAGGCCCUCGAGGUGAGGAUGGUAAAUCGGGUAUUCCUGGCAUUCCCGGGGCUGUAGGACAGCCAGGUGAGAUUGGCCCCCCUGGUGUGUGUGACAGCAGCGGCUGUCAUCCAGGGGGCCCUCCAGCUGCAGAAGAUCCAUACUAUGGAUACCAGCCUUGAUCCAAGCAUAAGAACUAUAUCUUAGAAGUUCCAUCAGAGAACAACGCCAGAUAUUAUAGAACCACUUCAGGAUGUCAUAUUCAAAUGGAUCUGAUUUAUUUUUUAUCAUAUUUAUAAACCUGUUUGUUGGCUCAGGAACUUCUUCAAUGCAUGAGCCUUUAGACUGACUAUUUUAUUUUAUUUUAUUUUAUUUUAUUUUUAAGAGUAUGAUGCUAUGAGAUUUUCAUCAUACCCUUUUAUCAUUCUUUCAGGCCACAUAAUGUUUUAUUUUAAUAUAUUAUCUUUCACUAAUCAUCUGGACAUAACCAGUGCCAUAGAUCACAAGACAAACAAAAUCUUGAGCAGGACUCAUUAUGUGCUACAAGGAGCAAAUGCCAUUUUUGUCAUAUGGGAAAUUUACAGAAAUGCCAAUUUCGCACUGAGAAUGUUUUGGCUAUUAUUUUAUCAAUACUGUGGUUUACUUUGUUGUAUUUAUGCACUACAUUGUGUGUGUGUGUUUGUGUGUUUUUUUAUUACUGAAAUGUUGUUGAAGGCAUAUUAAUACUAAGACCUGUUUGUGUACUCUAUUUUAACUGCCUCAAAAUAAUUUGUAAACCAAACAGUUUUUUUAUGAAAUAAUCAUGAAACAAGGCUGUGAUAAAUCUGUGAUGUCUUAAUGAUCUGCAUAAGGCCUAUUUUACUUGAUGGUGUCUAAAAAGUCUAAAAUUUACACUAUGUAUAUUCGUUCGACUGCUACAUUACUGUUUAAAUAGUUGUUUUUCUAUUUGAAAUUUACCCUACCCUUAGAGUGUGAGUAUCAUAUGUGUGUGUGUGUCUGUGUGUGUGUGUGUGUGUGGG